AUGGGUCGUGGGAAACUGAAACUGGAAUUAAUCCCUGACGAGAAAUCACGCAAAACAACAUUUAUCAAAAGAAAAAAAGGGAUCAUGAAGAAAGCUUAUGAAUUCUCAGUCCUCUGCGAUGUUGACAUUUGCCUUCUCGUUUCGGAUAUGGAAUCGGGUCGGGUCCUGACCCAAACAAGGCGCGGGUCGUGGUCGUCGUCGAAAAACCAGGAGGAUCAUCCUCAUCCCCAAGGCGGCACUACGAUACUCGAAACCUAUCCACCGGAGAGCGACAACGUUUUGAGGAUCAUCCAAAAGUACCAGAAAGCCCUUACGCAAAGGGCUUCGAACAAGAGCUACGACCUGGCUGGUCUCCUGGCCGAGCGCAACAAAAAGGUCCAGACUGAGAUCUCCCGCUGCAGGAAGAAGUAUUACGCCUUCAAGUACCCGGCGUCUACCGACCUCCUCGAAGGCUUCUCUGCCGAUGACCUUGCUAAGCUCUACGGUCGCCUCGGUGUAAAGAUCGAAACUGUCAAGAAGAUUAUAGAGGAUAAGCAGAAGGGAAAAGCACCACUCAAAGCCAUGAAAAACGAGAAUGUAUUCCGUCAUUAUCAACCACAACAACAGCUCUUCCCGCCGAUGGUGAAGAACCCGCCUCGUGAUGAGUUCGAUUCGAGUGCUUUUUCAUUGAGUAAUAAUUCCAACUCUAUGAUGUUGAAGUUACUGGGUGGUGAUAAUAACCAGAGUUGUAAUGCUACUACUAGUAGCAGCAGUAAUCAUGAGGAUCAGUUAAAGAAAGACUACUUCAUCAACGGUAUUAGUACUACUAUUCAUACUAAUAAUAAUAACAACAUGCACAAUGGUUAUGGCACUACCGGGUUUGGACCUGGUCGAGUUUACCAUCAUCAUCAGGACUUGAUGAUGCUGAAUAAUAAUAUAUGUACCAAAAAUGUACGGCAUUGGAGGCAUCCACCUCUACUAGCGACAACAUGCAAUACAGUACGGUAA